AUGCGAACCCCUGAACCGCCCGACCGCGACGAACGCGAAGCUUCGCCACCGCGACUGGCAAGACCGAAACGCAUCACCAGACCACCCAGAAUCUAUGCUCAAGAACAAGAAAUCGACAAUGAACAGAGACAGACGCGACCUCAGCAAAAGAAGAGAACUGGACCCGAAUCUCAGCCUGAUAGGGCAACUUCGGAUGACUCCGCGACCGAGAGCGACAACCUCGAUGUGAACGAUUUGGUGAAAGAGAUCGCCAAACUCAGGACAGAAAUCAGACUACGAGACGAGUUGCACAAGGAAGAACUACAAAAAGCCAAAGCAGAGUUCGGUGCUGCCCUCGCCGGGGUCCGGCACGAGCUACAGAACCUGACAGACAGGACCCCGACAUCGCAGUGCAACUCCGAAGCGUGCGCCCAGACUGGUCACGAUGAAAUCCUCCGAGAAAUCCAAUCCCUACGUGAAGAAAUCAGCGCUCCCGCUUUCACAGGUUCCCCGUCCUAUGCCGAUGUCGCCCGCACUCCCCCGCUCAGCCACCCGAGUAAUAUACGGAGUCUCUCGACAUCGAACACAACACCAACCACGCUCACCGACACGCUCUAUUGCACAAUCGACACCUCCAGGAUGGCAGAGAACGAAAACGAGAGGAUGUCUGCAGGCUCUAUCCGGGCGGCAGUCGAGACAGAGAUCCGAGCGACGGCAGACCACACGCAUUGGCGUUGUCGCGCCGUCACUGUGGACCCGAAGAACACGAACCGGAUCAGAAUAGCGUGCCGCGACGAAGCCGAGCACCAGCUGAUCAAGAAAGUGGCGGAAUCCCAAAUUGGUGCAGGGGCACGGGUGCUUCGGGAUGAGCUUUACCCUAUCAAAGUUGACAGCGUUAACAAAGCCGCAGUUCUGGAUGAAAAAGAUGAGAUCCGUGCUGGAGCAGCAGCUGCCUUCAGCGAGGAGAACGAAGCCACCGUUGCGAAAAUCGCAUGGCUUAGCAAGAGGGAGAGCGCAAAAGCAUAUGGGUCAAUGGUCGUCUACCUCACUAAAGGUAGUGACGCACGGAGACUGCUAGCCGACGGGUUCUUCCAUGCUGGGGGAGAAUCCGGCGUGACCAGCACCUUCGAGCAUCGACCACGACCGAUGCAAUGCUAUAAGUGCCAGGAGAUUGGGCACAAGGCUUUUCAGUGCAAGAAUGCCCAGAGAUGCGCAAAGUGCGCCGUAGAAGGCCAUCGUCACAGUAGCUGCGACUAG